AUGGCAUUUUGGUUACAAUUGAGACUUAUUUUAUGGAAAAAUUUUAUUAUUAGGAAAAGACAAAAAAUAAGAGUUAUCGUUGAAUUAACCUGGCCUCUAUUCUUGUUUCUUAUAUUAAUGUGGGUUCGUACAAGAGGACUUCGUUCUAAUGUCAGUGAAUGUCAUUUCACUGAAAAAGCUAUGCCUUCAACAGGUUUCUUGCCAUUUUUUCAAAGUUUUUUUUGUACUUUUAAUAAUACUUGCCAUAAUACUUACAAUUCAUCUUUACCUAAGUCAGGUGAUUUAAAAUCAGGUUUUAUGAAAAUCAUUGAAGAAGUUGAUCAUUUAUUUAGGCAGUCACAAACAAAACAAAUUGAUUUUCACUCUGUAAGACCUCAGCUUCAUAAUUUUUCAAAAAUUGUAGAAAACAUAACCGAGCAUUCAAAAAAAAAUAAUGGAUUUAAGGGAGAUGAUUUAAUGGUCCUUAAUGAGGAUAUAAAUUAUAUUAAAUCUAAGAACAAGGAUUCAAUAAAUUCAUUACCACCAGACAUAACCUUAAAAAAAUCAAGUUCUAUUAGUAAUACUAUUGAAAGACCUCCAGUGAAAAACUAUACUUUCGUUGAUAGACAGGAUUUUAAACAAGCAUUCAGCGAAUUCGAAAAGAGCUUGGAUGCUUUGGAAUUUUAUGGAGAAGUACUCGAAAAUGCUUGGAAUGCAUCUACUAUGUUCAAAAGUUUAGAUGUGGUAGAAAUUCAAAAUAUAACUGGUGUAGAAAAAAUUUUAGUAUUAUUGUAUGACACACUUUGUGGAAGAGAAGUGAAUGAAGCUCUUGAAGAAAUCCAAAAGAUAGGAGGUUCUACAAACAGAUUUGAUCAGCUACAAGAUCAAUUUCGUGACAGAACAAAAAUAAAAUAUACAUAUGAUAAUGACACUACUCCUAUGUGUAAUAAAAUAUUUCAGAAGAUUGAAGAAUAUCCUCCUUUAUCUAUUCUGUGGCGAAUCCUGAAACCAUUUCUAGUUGGAAAAGUUCUGUAUACGCCUGUUACUGAAGCAACUGCAAAAGUCAUGGAACGUGUCAAUGCAUCAUUUUAUCCAUUUUUCGUUUUACAUUCGUUUGCAACAAACUUGCCCUCAGAAUAUAUUAAAUCUGCACAGCAGAUGAACUCUUUUACACCAACUGAUGAUCUGAGAAAUAUAAAGGAGUUCCUAGAUUCAGAAUAUGGUAAGGAGUUGAUUUAUAAAAGCUUAGAAAAUGAUUUAAGCCACAACAAAACGUUUGAAAGGAGCCGAAUGAUAAUUAACAGGCUAUUAGAGGGUACAAAAAACUUGCCAGAAGAUUCAGCAGAGCUAUUUGAAGACUCUUCAAUAUUCAUUGAAUUUCUUAAGUGUAUAGAGAUUAAUAAAGUGGAAGGUAUCGAUGAUCGGUAUGAAGCUGAAAUGAAGGGAAUGCAGUUGGUAAAUUUUAAUAAGCUCUGGGCACUUAUCGAAUUUGAAUCCCCAGGAGAUGAGCAACUAAAUCCUUUGAUAACAUACAAGAUUAGAAUGAAUGUAGAAAGAGUUGACAAUACUGAAUACAUUAAGGACCUGUAUUUGAGCCCAGGAUCAAGAAGGCGGCCUGCAAUAGACCUUAAGUAUAUUACAUAUGGAUUUGCUUACAUUCAAGAUAUGAUAGAUCAUUCUAUAAUAACUGAGCAAACUGGAAGAAAUGACUUGCCUGGCGUUUUAUUGCAGCAGUUUCCAUAUCCUUGUUAUAUAGAUGAUGAAUUCAUUAUGGCUAUAUCAAGAACAUUUCCACUUUUUAUGGUGCUGUCAUGGGUUUACACUUGUGCUAUGAUAGUAAAAUCUAUAGUUCAUGAAAAGGAGCAAAGGUUAAAAGAAACUAUGCGUGUAAUGGGUUUAGGCAAUACAAUCCAUUGGCUAGGAUGGUUUAUUGACAGCAUUAUUCCUAUGAUUUUCACAAUUUUUUUGCUUACUUUGAUAUUAGUGUUUGGAAACAUACUAAGGAACUCAGAUCCUUUCAUUAUAUAUAUUUUUCUCUUUUGUUAUGCUUUGGCAACUAUAUCCCAGUCUUUUUUUAUAUCAGUUUUUUUUUCACGUGCAAAUUUGGCUGCAGCUUCAGCAGGAAUAAUAUUCUUUGUACUCUACCUUCCUUACCCAUUCAUUGUAAGAUGGAUGUUCUAUUUAACUUCAACUCAAAAAUUCUUACUGUCAAUUUCAUCGAAUGUGGCUUUUGGUCUCGGGGCUUCAUAUUUAGCUCUAUAUGAAGAAAAGGGGACGGGCAUCCAGUGGAAGUAUUUUGAUAAAAGUCCAUAUUAUAACGAUAAUUUUAGUUUAUUAUCGGUUAUUUCUAUGCUUCUAUUCGAUUUUGUUUUAUACAUGAUUCUCACAUGGUACAUAGAACAUGUAUUUCCUGGACAAUUUGGUAUUCCAAAACCUUGGUAUUUUCCUUUGUCUUGGAAUUAUUGGAGUGGUAAGGAUACUAAAAAAGUUUUUGUGAGUCCUGAAGAUGAAUUUCUCAAUGAAAAUGAUCUGAAUGACAAUUAUGAACCUGAACCUGUUGGAUUGAAAAAGGGUGUCUCUAUCUAUAAUUUAAAGAAGCAGUAUUCUAAUGGGAAGUUAGCAGUCAAUGACAUAUCAAUUAAUUUUUAUGAAGGCCAGAUAACUUCGUUUUUGGGUCAUAAUGGUGCUGGAAAGACGACCACUAUAUCUAUUUUGACUGGUUUAUUUCCUCCUUCAUCUGGCACAGCAAAAAUUAAUGGUUUUGAUAUAAGGACUGACAUGGACAGAAUAAGGAAAAACCUCGGAAUGUGUCCACAGCACAAUGUUCUGUUUAAUAGAUUGACUGUUGAGGAGCACUUAUGGUUUUAUGCUUGUUUGAGAGGUGGAAAACUGUCAGGUGAAGAAAUCAAUUCAGAGAUAGACCAAAUGAUAAAUGAUAUUGGACUACCUCAUAAACGCAAAGCUCUCUCGACUGAUCUAUCUGGAGGAAUGCAACGGAAACUGUCUAUUGCAGUUUCAUUCAUUGGUGGCUCAAAGGUUGUUAUUCUUGAUGAACCAACGUCCGGAGUCGAUCCGUUCUCGAGAAGAUCUAUAUGGGAACUAUUACUUAAGUAUAAAAAAAACAGAACUGUAAUUUUGACUACACAUUACAUGGAUGAAGCUGAUCUUCUUGGAGAUAGAAUAGCUAUAAUUGCUAAUGGAAGGGUACAGUGCUGUGGAUCAAGUGUGUAUCUGAAGAACAAAUAUGGAAGUGGAUAUCAUUUGACUGUUGAAAUUCUAACUCACUCAAAAAAACUGCCUCCAACAACACAGUUUGAUCAAAAUGGGGAUAUUACAGGAGCUUAUGAUCCAGUUGUACUAGGAUUGACUAAAUACAUUCAAAACAUUGUGAAUAAUGCAAUAUUUGUGGAAUAUAUUGGUUCUGAAGCAUCCUAUAUUCUACCUGAUCGGGAUGACACAAGUGCCUUGAUGAACCUAUGUGACCGUUUAGAAAAAGAUAAACACAGCUUGGGAAUAUUGUCUUAUGGGAUAUCAGAUACUUCUCUUGAAGAAAUAUUUUUAAAAGUUGCAGAAAACGAUCCAGCAAAUGAAAUUGUUAAUAACAAUAAUGCAACCACUUCCUGUUGGGACUCUUGUUUUUCUGGAGAGAAAAAUUUAUCAAGAAAAACAAUUAAAGACAAUGACGAAAGAAGUAGUAGACUGUCACAAGAAGUAUUUGUUCAAAUGCGUGGUUCUCGUGUCAAGUACUCUUCAGUGCCUAUCAUUGAUUCAGAUCAAGAAAAACACGAGGGUGAUAAUUUAUACUGGAAACAAUACAUUGCUCUUCAUGCCAAAAGGUUUCACCAUACACGAAGAAACAAAAAAGCUCUUUUUUCCGAGUUGGUAUUACCUGCGGUAUUUGUAUGCAUGUCACUUUUGGUAUCAUCAAUCUUUCCGAAAUUGAGAGAGCGACCUCCUAUAGUUUUAGAGCCAUGGCGAUAUCCUCCACCAAAUUAUAUGUUCUACGAUAACAAUGCUCCUCAAGAAUCUUGGACCCGGGAAUAUAUACAUAGCAUGAAAGGACCAGAUGGUAUUGGAGCAAAAUGUAUCAUGAUAAAUGGAACUAGAAAUAAUGAUUGUGAGCAGGUAGUUGCUGAAACUGUUGAGCCUCCAAUGUCUUUUAUUCUCAGAAAUUCUUUGGCUGAGUGUUCCUGUGAUUCUGGUGCUCAGGUUUGUCCUGCUAACGUAGGAGAACCUGAACCUCCAUAUUCUGUGCUCACUACUCAUGAUAUACUGUAUAACAUGACAGCUCAGAAUAUUUCUAAAUGGAUUGUAAAUACCUGGCCUAAGUAUGAAGAGCAUAGGUAUGGUGGUUACAGUUUCGGAACCUCUUUAAUAGUUCCUACAUUAGGAAUAGCUGACAUAAUUAAUAUAGCAUAUGGUGCUCAAGUUCCUGAAUACCUUAAUUUUCUAAAAACUCAACCAAAUAAAACUGAUUCUACACUCAAUAACAUCAAGGUUUGGUUUAAUAACAAAGGCUGGAUUGCAUCAGUUACUUACAUGAAUGCCAUAAAUAAUGUUGUAUUAAGAUCAAGCUUGCCAUCAAAUAUAUCUAGUGAUUAUGGAAUUGUAACAAUUAAUCAUCCAAUGAAUUUCACUGGGAAGCAAUUAGAAAUUGAGCUGAUUCGCCAGGGAGGUGUUUCCUUAUUACACGCCAUUUCUGUGAUAUUUGCCUUAAGUUUUGUACCUGCUUCAUUUGUAUUGUAUCUUAUUGAAGAAAGGGUCUCACACUCAAAACAUCUGCAGCUUGUUUCUGGUGUAAAUAAACUCAUCUAUUGGGUCCAAGCAUUUUCCUGGGAUCUUAUGGCGUAUCUUAUGUCUUCAUUUCUUUGUAUUCUGAUAUUCCUAGCAUUUAAUGAACAGGCUUAUGUCUCUUCUACUAAUUUUCCUGGACUUUUGCUCCUUUUCCUAUUAUAUGGAUGGUCCUGCAUACCAUUGAUGUACCCUCUGAGCUUUGUAUUCUCCAUACCAAGUUCAGCUUUUGUUAGCUUAUCUUGUGCCAAUAUGUUUAUUGGCAUAAUAACUACAGUGACAACAUUUGUAUUAGCUGCUUUCGAUGAUCAGGAAUUAAAGGAAAUAGAUAAUAUAAUCAAAGAAGUAUUUCUUAUUUUUCCUCAUUUUUGUUUGGGAGAUGGUUUGAUGAAACUGGCUGCGAAUCACUUAGCUACUGCCUCUCUAAUGAAUUUAGACAUAGAUUUUGAAGCAAAUGUAUUUGAAUGGGAAUUCCUUGGUAAAAAUUUGCUAUGUAUGGCUUGUUUUGGAGUAUUAUUUUUUAUGGUUACUCUUGCAAUAGAGUUUGAAAUAUACAAUGUUUUUCAAAGAAAGGUAGAGAUCAGAUCAAGUUCUUCAAAAGAAGAAGAAGAAGAUGUUUUAGCUGAAAAAAAGAGAGUUAUGCUUGGUGAUACAUCACAGGACAUUCUUGUGAUAAAAAAUUUGAGCAAGAUUUAUAAAAGAAGCGAAAUUCCAUCAGUGAAUCAGAUAUCAUGUGGUGUAAGGUCUGGAGAAUGUUUUGGGCUUCUUGGUUUGAAUGGUGCUGGCAAAACUACCACUUUUAAGAUGUUAACAGGUGUAAUAUCUUGUACAGAUGGGGAUGCAAUGGUAAUGGGUCAUAGUGUUAGAAAGGAUAUUAAUAAAGUUCGAUCUCUUCUUGGUUACUGCCCACAAUUUGAUGCCUUAGAUCCUCUACUGACUCCUUAUGAACAUCUGAUUUUAUAUGGCCGCAUUAGAAAUAUACCAUCUACAGUUUUAAAUAGAAGAGUUGAAGAUUGCUUAGAACAAAUGAACCUUCUUCAUUAUUCAUCAAGGCUUGCUGGUACUCUGUCUGGUGGCAACAGGCGCAAAUUAUCUACAGCCAUUGCCUUAAUUGGAAAUCCACCGCUAAUAUUCUUAGACGAACCAACCAGCGGUAUGGAUCCUAAGGCUAGAAGAUUUUUAUGGUCUUGUAUUCAAGAUAUUAUUAAAGGAGGAGGUUGUGUCAUGUUAACUUCCCACAGUAUGGAGGAAUGUCAAGCUCUUUGUACCAAAUUAACUGUAAUGGUUUCUGGUACAUUUAGGUGUUUUGGUACAUCACAGCAUCUUAAAGAAAAGUAUGGUAGGGGAUAUCGCUUCAUCAUUAGAUGCAAGGAGGAAAAUAUUAUUAAAUUGAAGAUAGAUAUUAUGAGCUUAUUUCCUUCUGCUAAAUUGGUUGAAGAACAUAGUAACCAGUUACGAUAUGAAAUAAUGGGACUGCAACUUUCACAACUAUUUUGGGAAAUGGAGAAAUUGAAAAAAACAUCUCUAUUGCUAGAUUAUUCAGUUUCCCAAACAACACUUGAGGAGGUUUUUCUCACAUUUGCUAAUGAUGUCCCUGAAGAAAGAUGA